AUGAAACUGUCGGAAGCACUUCAUAUUGCUGCAAAAUGUAAUAGAAAAGAAACAGUCGAACUUCUUCUUCUUUUGCAUGGUGCAAAUAUCAAUGAAGAAGAUAAAUUCGGAAAAAAAACAGCUCUUCACAUUGUCUCAGAGAAACAUAGUGAUGAAAUAAUUGUGCAAAUAUCAAUGAAAAGGAUAAUGAUGGAGAAACAGUUCUCCAUUAUGCAGCACUUCAUAAUAAUAUACAAACAUGAGUAUAUAAUAUCAUUAUGCAAUGCAGUAUAA